AUGCCGCUUGACCAGUUGGCGAUUCUACUAAUUAUUCUCAAUUAUGCGUUUUGUCAGGAAUUUCGACCGCCUAAUAUUUAUCAUUGGCUCGAACAGAACAGCUAUAUAUGCGAUGCUUCAUUGAUUUCGCGACGCCAUCCGAAGUUUCUCACACCGGCCGAGGCGAGAAUAUUCGAGUGUUCGUGUGGCGAUCCGAUCAAAUCGAAAAUGGCGUGCGGCAAAAUUGGAAAAAUCAAACCGAGAUGUUUCAGAUUGCCCAUUGAGUGCCUUCGCGAGUACACCGCAAUUUUCGCCAGCGCCGGCAAUCGAAUGAAGCGUAAUGAGUAUUCGAGAAACCCAUCGGAAUUUUUUUUCACAUUUUUCAGAACCCUUUAA